CGGAGCCCGCCGGUCAGCCGCCAGCAGAAGACGCAGCGCGAGCGCCAGCUGGCGGACGCCAUACUCGACACUUGUUUCCGCAGCGGAGACAGUGUCAGCCACCCUGGCAGACCUCUUAAAGACUUCGCAGUUGCGCUGUGCCCGGCUUGUUCGUGGACUCGAUUCUGCCGGCGCCUCGAGGUCAAGGUCAAGGCGGCAGUCACUCGCCAGCCCUCCUUCGUUCAAGCAACUCCACUCGCACCACCUCCCCUUCUCCGUGCUGCACAAUUUCCUCGCGGAUUCGGACAUCGUCAUGUCCUUUGGAACACCCGUCGACAUCCUUGUCUUCGGUCUAAUCUUCCUUCUCCUGCUUGCCUUCGCAGCGGUCUGGUACGUCCUGUACAAUGGAUGGAGAUCGAGCUAUACCAUGGUGGAUACGAAUGAAGAGGUCUUGGCGCCUGAGAAAGCAAACUCGCUUCCCCGUUUCGCUGAUCAGAGUCAUCAUCAACUUUCCUUACUUUCCCUAUCUCCCUAUUCCACGUCAUCACCCGCUCCCUCCCGUUCACGCUCUUCGUCGAUACCCAUUCCUGUAAUCGUCAUCACCUCACCUUGCGGGAGCUCGCAUACGUUCACGACGGUCCCAUCGGUUUCGCCUCCGAAACUGCGCCCGCAGCCGCCAGCUGUCCCGGACCCCACCAAGUUAUCUUGGAUCCCAUGGGUGUCCAGGCCAAGGUCCCGCUCGUCCUGUCAGUCUCGUACUUCUCCGAAUCAGACCGAACCCAGGACUCAAUGUCAAGUAGGGACCGCUAACCGAGUUCGUGCUCGGCCUGCGGGUAGGAUGGGCAGAGUGAGGAGCGACAGCUUCUACGGUGGUAGGCCGAUAAUUGCCAGGGGCCCUAUACCCGUUAGGCAGCCGAGAUUUGAGGGCGGGGUUACCGUUGACAUCGGGUCAGCCAAUGCGGGGGCGUUUGAAGUCAAGAAGGGGGCACAAAUCAGUGUGGGUGGAUUGCCGACGCCGCCUGCGAGCCCGGACGCCGCCAGUUCUACCUCUGGGUUCGAGUUCAAGAUCGAAGUGCCGGAAGUAAAAGUCACGAGUGCGCCCGACGUCGACCUCGAGGUGGAGGAGAAAGUACCGGGGUCCUUCGAGGUUAUAGUACCCGUGGCCAAGCAAAUGGCUUUCAUUCCGACGCCUCCUCCAACUCCUCCUCUGGAGAAUGUACUAGUCUUACCCAGGAGGGAACGCAGGGAAAGGAAGCCAUUGAGCAUCGUGGUGUCGCCGACCCAUGCUGAUGCUGUACAACUGAAGGCAGAGAGGAGAAUAAGGGGAAAGGAGAACGCCGCGGAGAGGUGCUAAGUGGCCAGGCGGCGAAGGCAAGGCUUUAACGACCGGGACGAAUUUCAAGAAUUCUUUCGCAUGCUAUUCGCCGGACACCCUAAUCUUGCGCAAGUCUACCCUACGCCUCGCCUAAUACCGCCUCGGAUUCAAGAAAGAAAGUAUCGUACUCGCGCUGUUUCUUGUCAUCGGAUCGUAUCUCCCUCUCUGGACCCCUUCCCCUUUAUCUGUCUCUCACUUCGUCAACGUCGUCAAGCAUCAUCCAAGGCAUCAGUCACCUCAAGAACUCAAAUGUAUCUUAGGCCGUCCUCGCACUGUAUCAAAAGCAAUAUCACCUCAAGACUAAUUCCUCGUUGCUUUGCCCUGCUCUCAAGAUCGGCUCGCUCGCCCCCUGCUCUGUCAUCCUGUACAUCAUACCUCGCAAUUGCUGUACCGGCAUCCACCCCCGCAUUCGCAUUCAUCCCCGUUCCCCCCGUCCACCUCAGCACUACCACCUGUACAUAUCCCCCUCGCAUUUGGAAGCCGUGUACAGCAUACCCUGCGUCUCUGUAUCCAGAGGCACUCCACAUUCGUUUGGAAUUCAUGUUUCGACUAUACUACUCCCCGCCUUCCCGACUUUACACCACUCUUGAAUCCUGAGUCGUCUACCUCGCUUGUUAUGCGAGGUCGGCGACGUGGCAGGUGGGAGAGGGAAGAUGAAGGGAGGAAUAAUCGCAUCGCGGACUCUAUUUUGCUUCUCUUGUUUGUUUGUUUGCUUGACGGACGUUGACCCGGUUAUUGGAUUUGCAGUUCCCCGUAUCUAUUCUGUAGAGAUGGGUGCGGGAAUACGGGCUACAUACAUAACAGUUAUGAAUACGCCUCUCGGUAGAGUAGAAGAGUAUAAUUGUGGUGCGUAGGUAUCCGCUUAAUUAAUUGAAUGUUUAUUCUCGGGC